AUGGGCUCAUCAGACGAAAACCUUUCCGGUACGGAGCCUCUGGACGAGAAUUCUUCGAACCAGGAGCCUCCAAUCGAGGGAGCAUCGGAUCUGGAGACGCUGGAGCGGGUACCACCAAGGCAAAAUUCCUCGAGCAUAGCACCAUCAAGCAUUCGGUCAGCGAUAUUGCAACCAGUCAGUACACGCCACCUUUUGGGAGCGAAAUCGGACGAGCCGCUCUUUCUACCCGCCAAAGCACCACGACGUUGCAAGGCGGUUUUUGACGAACUCAAAGAUCACGAAAUGGAUAUGCCACGACCUGCAGCAACAGUCGACGGCGGAGACAUUGUCGCCGAAGAAAACGACACCGCCAAUAAAGACAGCGCAGUUAGAGAUGCCAGUGUCGCUAAUGAAGACAACGGUGGUGAAUGUAGCCUUGCUGGCGAAGACUACACAGGUUCUGCAAAAUUGGAAGACAUGUUUCGACGCGAGGUGGCGGAGAUCGUGGAGAUGGUCUACAACGAAAUGCUUACUACAUGGAUGAUGAAACGAUUGGGUGCUUAUAGGCAACCGGAACGCAUUCUACUUAGCAAAGCUGUGUUGGAUCCCAAAUUCGGACCCAAAUUCCGGUUUCGAGCGAGACCUGUAGGAGAUGUAGCUUGGUGCAUGCUGAAGAUCAGCACAAGCUAUGGUUUCCUCGUGAGCGGCGAUGAGGUCAUGUUUCUACGUCUCGAUGUAAACACAUGUAUUGAAGAGGUUGACAUCAACAUACUCAAACCCGAACUGUCUCCACUAUUCGACUGGGUCGAUGUCCUGCAAGAGCCACAUCUCUUCUACUCAGAUCCCAUCAAGUUUACCGAUGCAUUUGAUUCAGCGAGGGGUAUGAUUACGGUGAAGAUGGGUUUGUUGCAUAUGAUCCACGAAAUCGUAGUCAAGGAUUGGGAGAUGCAGGAUAACAAAGGGAGAUGCGCUGGGUAUUUCAAGAGAACGGAGGCUGGAGAAAAAUGGGUAAUGAAGCCGCCGACGAGACGGUAG